AUGAAGACUUUUCAAGUCAAAGUCGAUGGUCGCUUCCUCUCACCUUGUCUUGUCAGCCUCAAUCACUUUGCUUCCGAGUCUGCUACUUCAUCAGUCACAACUGAAAGAGCCCCUCUUGUUGAAGGAAAUAUAAAGGGCCCGUUUCUGAACAGUCCUCGAACUCCAACAACAUCAACCACGCCCCUUUUACCCUUUCAACCAUCAGACAUUGCCAACGCACACUCCACCAGUGAACACAUGCACCAUAUCUUUCCCCCAGAGCUCACAGAACCCAUCUACCAGCAACUAGACCUAUCGUCUCUCUGUGCCCUGUCACAGUCCUGCCGCUUCUACCGAGACGACAUUCCAGAGACUCUCUAUGAGGAAAAGCUGCAGGAGGCGUGUCCCUGGUUCGAACCCCAGUUCUCUCAUCGCUCCUCCUGGAGAGAGUGUGCGGUGGAGUACACUCGGCGUAUGAGACACGGGGCCAAGUUCGCUCCAACUCUGGUAAAGGGGUCCCAUAGCGACUACCAGGAACCACCAACAUUGGCCGUAGAUGAGCACCAAUUUUUCCAGGAAAAGUACUAUUAUCAAACCUGGCGCCGAAAUCUUGAAACCACCCGCUACAGGAGCAAAUUUGGAAUCGAGAUCGACCUCGCUCCCAUCUUUGAACAAGUUGGAACCUCUGGUGUCUCCAAAUUCUUGUUCGACUCGCGCCCACACGUGCUCAUUGCUGUCUGCCUCCGUCCAGACCAGGACCCGGAACUAGACCUGGCCCUGGUCAUUGUCAAAUACAAGGAUUCCGACCCCAUCUUGUGGAAGUUCCACAACGCACCACGCUGCUCAACCUAUGUCCUGGGUCCCCAUGUUUUCCUCAACUUUACAACCAUAGCUGACGACGACGAAAACGACUAUCAAUUUCAGUCAGAAGAAUACAUGCAGAGGAACAUCUUCUACUUGGACAGAAAAACGAGAGAGUUUGUGUCUCUCGAGCACCUCCAUAUCAUUCUAAAGAGCGAAUCAGCAUGCAGAGUGAUUUGCUUCGACGGGCUGUUCCACGAAAUGUACCUUGGCAACUACCGCGUCACCCAAGCCACCCUGGAGAAAGAUAAGCGACCAGUAGUGUGCGAAACCAACUCUUCUGUUCUCAACCCACGUGAUCUUCUAGGAAGACACCACUCUUUUUAUCAUCUUGUUGAGCGGGAUAAUCACAAUGUCUUGAACUACAAGUAUGCUGCCAUGCAAUUCAAGAAAAAAAGAUCCCCAUUCUUGGUCGAUCUUAGUACUGGAAAUUGUGUCAAGGGUACGUUUGUUGAUUGUGAAACAGGAGAAGAAAGCCGUUUAAUGCAUCUACAAACUGUCUCUGCUAGUGGCCCGGUCUUUUACAAAUUCCUGCCUCGUCUACCUGGAUAUUGCCGGAAAGGUACUUCAGAUCACCAGUCGCCGUCUCAGGGACUUGGAUCGCAGCGACGGGAUCUGGUUGGUCCUAACCCUAUGUGUCGGUUGAAUGAAAGACAUGCCGAGACCCUGUACCGAGCUUUGAUGACUUUCGAUGAUCCAUACCUGGAAGGGCAAAUGAUUGCAACGUCAAAAGCGAUACUGGAAUUGGGGCAAGAAUUGGACAUCUGGCUAGCAAGUCGCAAUCCCCCUUACAUUCCACGUACAACAAGUAGACCUCUUUGGCAUCGUGCAAUGACACCUUUUCAUAGUUGA